CACGAAGAUGCGAUCGCCUUGGUUGAUGAGGUGCUGCGCCGGUGGAAGGACUGCCGCGCCCUCUCCAAGCAGCCAGGCCGCAUCCUCGCGGCGUGCCUCAUCGAUUUGGAGAAGGCUUUCGACCUCCUCGACCGCCAGGCCAUACGGGCGCAACUCGAAAAGCCCGUUAUCGCGCACAAGGUCAAACUGGCAGUCGAGGGGCUCCAUGACGGCACGUGCUACAUCAUCCAUGACGCCCGCACCAAUCGGCCACGGAAGAAACUCGUGGUGGGCAAAGGCGUCCGCCAAGGGUCAGUUGAAGGCCCUGCGCUAUUUAUCUAUCUCUACGACGCCAUCACCUCAGACAUUGCGCAACGCUCGCAUGAGGCCCACUUCGAGCCGAUUCACGUCAUCUACGACCCAGCCUUCUCCACGUACAAGCACCACCAACCUCCCUCGCUAAAUCGGGACUGUUGCUCUGAACUCGACGUCUCGCAGGUGAAAUUUGUCGAUGACCUCAUCGCGCUCACCAUCUGCGCGGACUUCGACCAGGUCAGCCGUUUCCUUGACUUUCUCACCCAGGUCGCCACGGAAGGUGGCAUGAAAGUUAAUAUCCCUAAGACGGAGCUCCUCCUCCAGGCCAAGGGAAUCGGAAUGCGCCACCUCGAGAAGCGCAUCCGGGCUAACACCACUGGCAUCAACAUGCAGCCGUGCGAGCUGACCCCACCGACCCCUGCGCAGACAGCCGCCGAGCCAGCGCGCCGCCGUCGCCUGCGCACCAAGAGCCGGCCGCAGCCGCCUGGAGAAUCUUCCGACCGCGGCCCGAUGUGUCGCCCAGUGCUCAAGCCGCAUGCGAUCAAAGCCUCCAAGUCGGUGAAGUACCUAGGCGCCCGGAUACGUCCAGACGGCUCGUAUCAGGGCGAAAUCACCAAUCGCCUCGCCUCGGCCAACACCAAUCAUGGCCGUCUUACGGCCCGCGCGUUCAAGGGGAUCUACGGCCUCGCCCUCCGCGUUCACAUCUGGGUCACCCUCGUCCGCUCUGCGGCGCUCUAUGCACUCGAG